AUGAUCAUUAUGGCCUCAAUUUUUGAUAUUAUCGUCGCUUUCCCAGGUGGAUACCAAAGUGCCGAUGUUGGCGCACGAUCCGUUGUGGCUAACUCAUACCCAGUUGUGCGGACGGAUUUCUCUGCAGGAGAGCCUUUCGCGCGCAGUAGUCAGCAAAAAGUCAGAGGUGCUGCGCUCGAAUCCAUUUGGAGACUGGCUCUCACAGCCCCGGAAAUCUCGAGUACCUCGAGCGUCAUCCUCAUCGAAGGCUUCGUCGUUCUCAGAGCCCAACUCCAGGGAAAUUCCGUUCCCGUCACGACUCGCGGAGUCGGAUAG